AUGCCUUCCAGCUCACGACCUGCCAAGAUCCACUACAGCUCCUCGUCCUCCUCCGACUCCGACCUCUCUUCCGCGUCCUCGUCCUACAGACAAAGCAUGGACUCCGUCGCCAGACCGAUUGCCUCCGUCGAGGUCCUCCGCUGCCUGCGCUGCGCGAGGUCUGUCGAGGCCACCUCCACCGACGACUCCAGCUCAACCGGCAUGGUCCGCAUCGCGCACAACCUCUAUUACUGCGAACGCUGCGCCAAGAUGGUCGGUUACAAAUGA